AUGAGCGGUGCGAACUCGCAACAACAGGGGGGUUCGAACUCUGGUGCUAAUGCCGAGAGUGGGAAUAACGCCUCUUCCAGUGCUACUGAAAACCAUCCUGAGGAGAGUACUGAAAGAAGAAUAAAUAUAGGCUGGGUUACUGGCCGUGAUGAAAAGAUAGAAGAUCUUGAUAAAAAAAUCGCUUCUUAUUGUCAUACAAUUGGUCUUCAAAACUAUAACUUUAUAAGCUUCCCUGUGGGAGGCAUUAAACGAUCUUACUGGGAUGGUCAGAGUGAAUUACCGCCACCGAUUGACUUACCGGACCUACAACUGAAGAAUCAUUUGUGGGAAACGUAUGUUAAUGGAUCAAUCUCUGAGUGGAUUGAUUGUGAUUCUUCAGACGCCAGAAUUGCUGAGCUAUCUGAGAAAGAGCUCGUCAAGGAAUUAAAUUAUGCCGUUUACAUGGGUUUAAGAAGUAUUGUCAUUCAUCUCCGUCAUGCUGACUCUCCACGGCUUGCCAAAGUUGUCAACCAAUAUCUGUGGACCAAAAAUGUUAAUAUGGCUAUGUGGGUUAUAGUACCGAGCACGAUGUCGCGCUUGGAGAAGAAACCAGAUGAUAAGCGAGAUUGUUGGGAAGUUUGGGCUGAUUUCAGAACUCUGUGCUCCAACUUCAACUGUGCUAAACUUAUCGCUGGUCUGAAUGUUCUUCCUGAUCUAGAUGAAGAAUUCGUAGAUUCUAAGUUGAUAAAGCGAUGGUGGGCUGAGCCAAUUGGGACCUUUCUGAUCGAUUCAUCAGUUUUCCAGACAGAUUCUUCAACUUGCAAGGCAGUAUUACCUCCAUGUCAUCGCCAGCUUCUUCAGUCAUUGUGGAUAUCAGACCUUUCACGACUGCUCGUUAGAACGUCCGUUGGAGCCACUUCUCGUCCAGAGUUGAGACAAGAAUAUUCUGAGGAGCUACGAACAGUAAUCAGAGGCGUAAAUAAACGCAAGGGGUUAGAGUGUGAGGGUUUCUUAGCUGAUGGAAAUAUCAAUUAUAUGGAUGUGCUACAGGCUCCUUUACAACCUUUAGCUGAUAACCUUGAUUCUAGUGUUUACAACACUUUUGAACAAGAUCCAAUUAAAUAUAGAAGAUAUAAAGAGGCGGUAGAAGCUUGUCUCACAGAUUUAGGAAACACUCCUGCUCAUAUCGAAUCUCUUGUUUUGUAUGUCCUAGGUGCAGGAAGAGGACCUCUGGUUACGAUGUCUUUGGAAGCUGAACGUGAUUACAAUGAACAGCACCGUACCAAAAAGGACAGAUUGAAAUUGAAAAUAGUUGUCGUUGAGAAGAAUUCCAACGCCAUAGUAACCUUGCGGUACAUGAAUGAAAAAGCAUGGAAGCAGCGCUGCACAAUUGUUGAAUCAGACAUGCGAGCUUUACCAGAAAUAGUCAAAUCUCUUGGUCUGCCUCAACCUGACAUCAUAGUUUCUGAACUAUUAGGGUCUUUUGGAGAUAAUGAGUUGAGCCCUGAGUGUUUAGACGGUGUGACGUCAUUGCUGAAACCUACAACAAUUAGCAUUCCCAGUAGUUACACCAGCUAUAUCUCCCCUAUAAUGUCGAUUCUCAUGCAUCAAACUAUCCUAUCAGCCCAAGCCGGAUACUGGAACAGUGGUAUUCCCGGCCAUGGAAGACAGGGAACUGUACAGUUAGAAGAUGGAACGUACAGACAACACUACCCGAAAGGAUUACAAGUAGCGAACUUGGAUCAAGUUUAUGUUGUCUUUCUCAGACAGUGUUGUCAUAUCUCUGAGGCUGAAAAAGUGUUCACGUUCGAUCAUCCCAAUUUCACACAAUCUUCUAAUGAACGUCACGCUGAAAUAGAUUUCACGUUGGAUGUCCCAGCAGACAUCAUGGGUUUUGCCGGCUACUUCCAUAUGACCUUAUACAAGAACAUCACGUUAUCUAUUGAACCAAAGACUUAUUCUAAGGGAAUGAUUAGCUGGUUCCCAGCGCUCUUACCUCUUCGAAAGCUUCACCGUGUUCAUGCCGGUGAUAAGAUAAAGUUCGUAAUUACACGUAAAGUCGAUUCUGAAGGAGUUUGGUACGAAUGGUUCAUAAAUUAUACAGACAAAGAUGGUGUUACUCAGAGCACAGCUCUCCAAAACGAGAAUGGAGAGAGUUAUUACAUGAAACUUUACGGAUAA